AAAAAAAACCCAAACAACAUUUUUUUAAUCAAAAUAACGAGCAAUUUGCACGGCAUGUAUCCAAACAGCAGUGUGUUUCAAAGGAGCUUUACAGAUUGAAUGUAACACUGAGUCAAAACAUGUCUCCGUCCUUCAUGUCACCCGAGAGCUUCACAAGCGCCGCGUUUCCAGACCUGAUCGUGGGAAUGCCGCGCUUCGUUUGUGGGCGGGACACCUGCACCGGUUGCUCUUGUGAUUAUCCCGUGAAGACUCAAGCAUUUCCAACCUGUUAGUCUAACCUACAUCUAUAUAAUCUACAUCUCGAUCUGACUUGAACCCCGCGAGUAUGGAGGACGGAUCUGAAGAACUGUUCCGACAGCAGCCGGGACACUUGGAAGUCUCCUUGGACGCGGUGUCCACCACCGGGGAGGACGAGAACGCCAGCGCGGGCGCUUCAGGCACGGAGCUGCAGGCUCUGGAGAAGCCUCCGUACUCGUAUGUGGCGCUCAUCGCCAUGGCCAUCCGAGAGAGCACUGAGAGGAAACUAACUCUGAACGGGAUCUAUCAGUUCAUCGUUUCUAAGUUCCCUUACUACGAGAAAAACAAAAAGGGCUGGCAGAACAGCAUCCGGCACAACCUCAGCCUCAACGAGUGUUUCGUUAAAGUGCCCCGGGACAGCGGUGGCGGAGGAGGCAGUGGAGAGAAGAAGGGCAACUUCUGGACGCUUGAUCCUGCUUUCGAAAACAUGUUCGAUAAGGGCAACUACCGGCGCAGGAGGCGCGUCAGGAGACCUUACCGAGCACCUGCUUUACCUUACAUCCCGUCUGUGAACUUCACCGAGCCGCUGUACUUCCACCGGGAGCCUGUGUACUGGCAGACCCCACUAGUCGGAGGCACAUGGAGCGUCGUACCGCAGCCCGGCGCGCACCCCGCGGUCCCAGCCUACAGCUUCCACAGCAGCGGGAACGCGCGUCCUUCGUCUCCCAACACAUACGCCAGCUCCCCCGUGAGUUAUUACCACACUGCGAAUGUCCGUCCGUCCUACGGACCAUACCAGCACUCAUACCAUGCUCUUGCGCCGCACUCUGGGCGCACUUUAUGCGAUAUAUCCGCUCCGGAGAGUCCCGGCGGAAGCGCUAUUCCCAUCGGCAACUACGCGCCGCAGCAUCCGUACAGCCAGGCCGACCUGGAGCACAGCUUUGAAUGAAGAGCAAAAAAAGAGCUUUGGGAUUUAAAUUGUUCAGAAAUGUGGAUCUUUACAUGCAGGACAAGUCGUUCAUAUGGAUUUAUACUUUCGUAAAAGUGAGUUCUGAGUUUGCAUUGCGUUGGUUUUACGCAGAAACACUAAACCUAAUGACUUCAGUGAAGCGGUUCGUUGUUGUUCGAGUUGUAAUUCGU